AUGGCGGAUUCUAGCUUUCUCGAGCUAGCAAUGUUUACCGAGUCUUCCGCGGCCGCGUGGUUCGCUAACGCGGAGGAGCAGUUCGUCCUCCGUGGUGUUUCCGACGACACCAUGCGCUUCUACCACGUGGUGGCUGCGCUCGGGUACUCAACGGCGGUUAGAGCACAGCGCUUCGUGGUUUUAUCCGUCGAAAAGGCGCCCAGGGUGCCCGCCUCGAGAGCCCUGCUGCCCGAGGUUCCCGCCAAAGAUGGCGGCACUUCCGCCCCGGUUCCUCGCAGCCGUGCUUCUGUCCCGGUACCCACGCCACUGCCACGCGCUUCUGCUCUGGCACUUCCCGACGCCGACGUUGCUGUCUCGCCUCCAGCCCCGCUCUCGCUCGCCUCGGCUCCGGCGCCACUCUCCACCGUCGCCGCUGCGUCCGUCCCUGGCUUUCUCGGCUUCGGCGCCGAUGCGCCGGCCUACGGCCUACUCGACAACGCCCCGUCACCCUCGGCACCUGCGCCUUUGGAAGUCUCCGAGGUCGCACCUCUCCCGGCGCCGCUGGACGCCGCUGCCUCUGACCUCGCUCCAGCGCCUCCGGGAGUCUCCGAGGUUAGUCCUCAGCCUACGCCGCUGGCCAUCGCUGCUAGCCUUGCUGCUGUGCCGGCGCCUCCGGAAGUCUCCGAGGUUGCACAUCGGCCAGCGAACGUCGUCCCCGACGUCUCUCCUCGUCCGCCGCCUUUGGACAACGAUGGCGUCGCUCCGGUUUCGGCGUUUCCCUCGCUCCUGCUACGACCGGUCGACUUGGUUCGUCUCGCCUGUCGCCCUUGUCCACGGCCGGGCGACUCCGACCGCCACGCCGGUCGCCCUCGUCUCCGGCCUCGACCGGUCCAUUCCGACCGCCACGCCCUGUCAGACAGCUGA